CUUCCAACACUUAAUACUGACCUUAUCGGAGCCGCUGUCAUCACUAGAAGCACUUGAAUUAUCUUGGAUUGAAAGUCACCCCACCCAGUAAAAGCAAAGAAGUAAAGGAGAAUAAUGGCCGAGUUGCAGGAAUUCAAUGAAGCAGCGGAAAAUGCAAAGAACUUAAACUCUACGCCUAGCGACAAUGACCUGCUUGAGCUUUACAGUUUGUUCAAGCAGGCUACGGUCGGCGAUUGUAACACAGAUAAGCCAGGUUUUCUGGAUUUUAAAGGCAAGGCCAAAUGGGAGGCAUGGAAUAGCCGCAAGGGGAUGACAAACGCCGAUGCCCAGACCGCCUAUAUAGCAAAAGUAAAGUCGCUGAUUGCAGCUGUCGGACUGAAGGCUUAGGCUAACAUAGGCUCCGGGCCGAGCAAUAUUUAAUAUGCAUUUAUGCUGCAUAAUCACAUUUAACGCACAAUUAUGUACCAAAAUUUUUACUCUGCUUUAGCUACUCAGCAAAUACAAAUACGCACUUUCGUUUAAACGAAAACUUGCACACUA